GUGACUCGUUGCUAACUUUUGUGUGCAGCAAUGCACGUUUAAGAAACUCUGGCUUGUUACAGUUAAAAAAGACGAAAGAACGAACAAAAGAAAUAAACACGAGGCGUUUUUAAAGCUUUAAAGCCACUUCCUGUUGAGUUUUACUUAAAAAAAGUCUACAAUGUCCACCAAAACAGAGAAGAGCAAGAGCUGCCCCAUCCCAACUCGUGUUAUGCAGCUCAAGGACUGGUCUCAACUUCCAGACUGCUACAGCCAGACACCCGGGGGUACUCUGUUCUCCACCACACCAGGAGGCACUCGGAUCAUUUAUGACAGAAAGUUCUUGAUGGACUGUAGGAAUUCUCCAAUUGCACGUACCCCGCCCUGCUGCCUGCCCCAGAUUCCAGGGGUGACUGUUCCUGCUCAUCAUCCUCUGGCCAAAGUGCAGGAGCUUAAAGAGGAGAUUGAGGAGGACAAGGAUCUGGCAGCUGAAGAAAGCCAGUUUGAGAUGGACAUUUGAACCUCUGAUCUGCCUCCUGUGGAGUAACGCUUUUCUGCUGGGACGCUGCUACAUUUCCCCACAACCAGCACUCACUGUGUUCAGUAGGUUCCUCUGCAGGUUUUUUUGUUUUAAAAAACAAGGAGAAAUGAACACAGAGGGUGUUUUCAUUUACAGCAGUGAUCCGUUUAACAGAAGAAAAAAAAAAAAGAGACUGUGGAUGUCUGUGGAUGCAUCCCCUAAACGUUUCCUAUUGUACAUACGGUACUUUGUAUUUUUUAAAAGGGAAAUGUAUUAUUACUUUAUGGGGAGGGAGGGAGGGGUGGGCAAAUGUAGUGAAAUACUCCCCUUUCAAAGCUGCCCCUUCUAAAAACCUAAUGUUUUACAGCAAAUGUGUGCCAGCUGAAUGUCUGCAGCGAUGUACCAAACUGAAUUUGUAUUUUAAACUGUGUACUAAAAUACACUUUUUAUAAACACACAUACGCCACUGUGUUCCACUGUUGUUUCCUCUGAAUCUCUGGAUGUGCCCAGAUUUUUUGGCCAAGUUUUUAUUACUUUGAUUAAACUGUGACACAAAUACA